ACACACCACAAAACAGGAAAUAAAAGUUUACCGCCACGCGUCCUCGAGCGCGUCCUCGUCCUUCACCACACCUCUCUUCACCACACAAUGGACGCAGACAUAACCGACCCCUCAGACUGGCUCUCGACCCCCCUCUCCUCUCUUUCUACCCUCGACGCCCUCCUACGCUGCCGCAUCUGCCGGGACCUGUACACCGCGCCGAUGGUGACGGAGUGCGCGCACUCGUUCUGCUCGCUGUGUAUCCGGAAAUGCAUCGCGGCGACGCCGGCCUCGGAGCAUCCGUGCUGUCCGAUUUGCAGGGCGGCGGUGACGGAGGUCAAGUUGAGGAGGAAUCAGGUUGUUGAGGAGGUUGUGGGGUGGUUUAGAGCGGGUGCGAGGGAGGGGUUGUUGAGCGUUGCGAGGGAGGGGGGGAAGGGGAGGAAGAGGGCGAGAGUUGAUGAUCAGGAUGAGAAGAGGAGUGAAGCAGCAUCAUCAGCAGCAGCAGAAGUUCGAAGAUCAACAAGAGCCCGACCGACAGCGUACGUCGUCUCUACUUCCUCAUCUACUUCUCUACUAACCAUCACCAGCUCAUAUCAAGAAAUCCCACCGUCACCAGAACCCACAACCGACGGAGCCUACGUCAACCUCGACGACGACGACGAUGGCCUCGUACCCUGUCCUGUUUGCGACAAACGGAUGACAGUCAAACAAGUCACCCGCCACAUCGACUCCUGUCUCUCCCUCAAAGCCAACACCUCCUCCUCCUCCUCCACCACCCCCUCCUCCAGCACAUCAACAAAACCAAAAACCCUCCUCGCAAGCAGCAGCACGACCCCACCCCACCAAAAACGCCUCCCAAAGAUCCAAUACAGCAUGCUCUCAGAGCCCAAACUCCGUCAAAAGCUGCAAGACCUCAAGAUCCCCUCGCACGGCAACAAACAAGCCCUCCAAGCGCGACACUCCGAAUGGGUCUCGAUCUGGAACGCAAACGUCGAUCGCUCGGUGCCGCGCGCAAAGACGCAGUUGCUGAGGGAGUUGGCGGCGUGGGAGGAGAGCUUGGAUAGGUUUCCGGCGGGGUCGAGGGUGUCGGCGGAGGGGUUGGAGGAGUGGGGGGUGAAGCAUAAGGGGGAUUUUAGGGAGCUGAUUGCGCAGGCGAGGAGGAAUCUGCCAAAGAGGGCUGAGGCGAAGGCCGAGGUGGAGGGAGAAGCUGAGCUGGAGUCUGACAAGGCGGCGGAGUAGCAUGUGUUUUUCUUUAUCUGGAUUAUAGAUUGGCGUUGUGU